AUGCUCCUCCUCUUCGCGCUCCUCGCCGGCGCCGGCGCCGCCGCCUUCCUCCUCUUCAAGUUCGCCACCGCCGACGGAGAUUUCACCCUCUUGUCGUGCGGCCGGGCGCGGCGGGACAAAGUGGACGGCAAGGUUGUAUGGAUCACGGGAGCGAGCCGUGGGAUUGGGGAGGUUCUUUCGAUGCAGUUUGCGAGUUUAGGAGCAAAGCUCAUACUAUCUGCACGUAACAAGGAGGAGCUUGAGAGAGUGAAACGUAACAUCAUCAGCAAGCAUCCAGAUAGCAAAGUUGAAGUGUUACCUAUGGAUUUAUCAUCUGAUGAAGAAUCUCUGAAAGAAGUUGUACAUUCAGCGGAAUCACUCUUUUCCAGUGCAGGCAUUGACUAUAUGAUGCACAAUGCGGCCUUUGAGCGUCCAGUAAAAAGGGGGGCCCUGGAAGAAACUGAGGAAGGUCUUAAGGCUACUUUUCAUGUCAAUGUCUUUGGAACAAUUACUUUGACUCGCCUUCUUGCACCUUUCAUGUUGGAUAGAGGGAUGGGUCAUUUUGUUGUGAUGAGUAGUGCAGCUGGAAAGGUGCCCACACCUGGUCAGGCUCUUUACUCUGCUUCCAAACAUGCUCUCAAUGGCUACUUUGCUUCUCUGCGCUCUGAGUUAUGUACGAAAGGCAUUAAGGUCACUGUUGUCUGUCCUGGACCUAUUGAAACACCAGUACCUUCUGGUGCAACUUCUUCAUCACAAAGGCAUUCAUCCGAGAAACGUGUUUCAGUGGAAAGAUGUGCUGAACUGACAAUAGUUGCCGCAACUCAUGGACUAAAAGAAGCAUGGAUAUCAUAUCAGCCUGUGCUGGCUGUUAUGUACGUGGUGCAAUACAUGCCAACAAUUGGAUGGUGGCUUAUGGACAAGGUUGGUGCGAAGCGAGUGGAUGCUGCUGCAAAGAAGGGCAACGCCUACAGUUGGAAUCUCCUCUUCGGUGGCAAAAAGUCGGCUUGA